AUCAUGCAGAGGAAGAGCAGCGUCACUGGGCUCCUCAUCACUGCUCUGUGUGCAGUGGCCUCUGGGCUGACCAGCAAAACGUACUACCAUGUGGAUAAAUUAUUGACCUGGCACGGUGCUCAACAGUACUGCCGAGAGCACUACACUGACCUGGCAUUCAUCAGCAACCAGGAAGAGGCAGAGCUGGUCUUCAACAUUAAAGAAACGACCAAGGUGAUGUGGAUUGGUCUGUACAGAGAUAACAAUGACCCAAUUGGGUGGAAGUGGUCAGGAGCGGAGGACUCAGAGUUCAGACUUUGGGGAAAAAAAGAACCAAACAAAGAUAAAUCUGAGACCUGCGCCAAUGUGCUUGAUAAUGUAUGGAUUGACACAUCAUGCAAUAAUAAACACACUUUUCUAUGCUAUGGAGGGGAGAGUGAGCUGAUCCUGGUUCAGGAGAAUAAGACGUGGUUGGAGGCUCUGAAGCACUGCAGGAAUCACCACACAGACCUCCCCAGCCUACUCUCUGAGACAGAGCAGCUCCAGGCCCAGAGCAAGAUGAAGGGGACCCAGACGGACCACGUGUGGACGGGCCUGCGCUUCCAUGCCGGCUAUUGGCUGUGGGUGAACGGGGAUGCUCUGGAGUACCAGGCCGGGUUAGGGACCGGGGGAAAGCUGCCCCAGUGCCCAGGAAGUUACCACUGUGGGACCCUGGCCAAAGAAGAAGAGUACUGGGGAAUUAGGGACUGUGAGGAGAUGAUGAACUUCCUCUGCUACAGAAAGUGAUUUGACUACAUCGGCCAACUGUCUUAUCCAUAUGCCUCCAUGUCAAUUUUGCCAGGUUUUGAAGGUUGAGGAGCAUAUUUUAUUGCCGUGUGUACAAAGUGUAUCUAUUACGUAUUUACUGUGUGAUAAAUAUACUGAACGUGUAUAUUCAUAAUUUAAUCAAACUUUCUUUUACUAUCAGAAGAUACAUACAAAUAUUCAUAAAGAAAAAAAAGCUCUAAUGGUUUCUGUUUGUUCCUGCUUCAUAUUGUAGACUGAAUAUUAUUGUCCUACAGAAGAUACAGUAGACUUUGCUUCUGCUGGCCUUUUACGAGGCUGGCAACGCUACAUUAGAGUUGACUUGAUAAGUGAUAACUGUAUACGUCAUCGGAGAUGUGCUAUUCCUCUUCACGUAAGGGAACAUGUUUCCCCUAUCUUCUAUAGCAGGGAUGGCAACUUUGGUCG